GUCACACGUAGAGUAGUGAUGGGGGACUGAGGGUGGGAUGAGGAUUUUGGGGUGUUUUCAAUGUCGUCUCAUUGUGUGCCUCACUGUGGGGGAAUUUUUCUGUGUCUCAUGAGGACUUGGAGCAUGAAUCACACACUUGGGCGCCCUCAGAGUCCAUCCAGACGCCUUCGGUGGCUCCGUUGUGGGCGCCAAGGGAGUGUGAAAGUAGUCCGGAGGGACGGGAAGAGGAGACUAAUUGGGACAAUUGAGCGGAAGUUUGCUUCCCGUUUGGCUCAGAGACAAUCUCUCUCUCUUCAGGUCUCACGAGAGGGAAUUCCCGGAUGGAUUCCUGUUUUGAGAGUGUAUGGAUGACUGUUGGCUUCCUCUCUUUGGAGGGUUGCUGAGGAAAAGCCUCGAGCGCGUGAAAUUGCGCCCAUUGCGUCGAUUGAUUGGGAAAUGGAACGGAAAAGAGCACCCAAAGACCUUGCCCGGAAAUUUCGCCUGCAAUUUUAACGCCUCUGCCCCACUCACACCCACAGUGUCGGUGUGUUGGGGACCUGGGGAAUAUCGGGCGAAGCACUGACGAAUGGGUGGCAAUGUGAUUCAUCCGCAGUACUUUGCUGAUAAGGACAGAGAAGUGUAAGAUCCUAGAGAGUGCUUUAUGUUGGUGGCCAGAACUGACUGAAAUUCUGACUGCUGCUUUGAGGGAAGAGAAGUGUGUGGAGAGCUGAAGUGAAGUGGAGGGAAGAAAUACUAUGACCAAGAGGUGAAGGAGAGUGACGUGUUCAGUGAAUGAAUCAAUAGGCAAAGUCAAAAAGAGAGACACAACAGUCGACAGAAUAUAGAGAGUGUUUUUGAGGUCAAGAGAAUCACCGGAAAUCGAAGGGAUUGUGCGUGUGUGUGUGUGUGUGCAAAGGCGGUCGCUUCCGCGAAAGGGACCCUCAUUCUUUAAUGUUUAGCCUGGGUGGCGAGAGUGGAAUGGCUACGCUGCUGCAGCAAAAGAGCUGCAUGAAAACAUUGGCGAAUGGGGGUGGAAAUGGUGCCACUGGGGCUUCUGGUACGGCCACAACGUCCGUACUGUUACCCCAUGAGCUGGUCAACAUGCCGGCAACGCAGGGCGGCGGUCAGAUGGUUCAGGAGCAGUCGGUGUCCACGCAGUCGUAUCACCAGCAGCAGUUCACCAAUUUCAUCCAAUACAACAACUACACGAACUUUACCCCGCCAACAGCUUAUCAGGUGGUCAAUAGCAGUAGCAUAUUGAACCAUCCGCACCAGCAAGCGCUAAGCCAAAGCAUCAUGACACCUGCGGAGUCUAAUAUCGUGAUAAUCUCGCCGGACAGCCUGGCCAAUGGCGGCGCGGAGGGACACGCAGAGCAGGACAUCAUUGAGGAGGACGACGACAUGGAUCACGUGGCGGAGAGCAAGCCGGACGACUGCGAGAGUGCCAAUGGCGUGAAGGAGCCAACAGCAAUGGCCGAGGAGGAGGCUGAGCCUGAAGUUGACAUAGUUAUUAAUAAUGUUGUGUGUUCAUUUAGUGUUAGGUGUCAUCUGAAUUUGCGCGAAAUCGCUCUGAAUGGUUUUAAUGUGGAAUUCAGGCGGGAGAAUGGAAUGGUGACGAUGAAACUCAGACGUCCCUACACGACAGCGUCUAUUUGGUCGUCUGGGAAGAUCACAUGCACGGGUUCCACAUCUGAGGAUCAGGCGAAGAUUGCAGCGAGACGCUAUGCUAGAUGCCUUCAGAAAUUAGGUUUUAAUGUUAGGUUCAGCAAUUUUCGCGUGGUGAACGUGUUGGGCACGUGCAGCAUGCCGUGGGGCAUAAAAAUUGUCAAUUUUUCGGAGAAGUACAGGAAAGAGGCGAGUUAUGAGCCUGAACUCCAUCCUGGCGUCACGUAUAAGCUCAAAACACCUAAAGCAACACUGAAGAUCUUUUCAACAGGAAGCAUCACUGUCACUGCUGGAAGUGUAGCGAAUGUUCAGGCGGCCAUAGAGCAUAUUUUCCCGCUGGUGUAUGAGUUCCGGAAGGCGAGAGUGCCGAUUGAUCCCACAACAACAACAACAACAACAACAACCACAGCUGAGCCUUUGAGUGAGGCGUGCGAAGAAUCAAUGGACCAACAUUCCGCGAAGCGACGGAAGAAGAUGAAGAGGCCCUUCGGGAGGACUGCCAAUGAUCCCACGGACAACAUUAUGUACGUCUCCGAUGCGGAGGAAUAUGAUUAAGACAACAACUGUGCUUCGCCACGAGAAGAAUCCAUUUUGAGAGGGGAAAGAGAGAGAGAGAGAAAUUGUCUUUGUUUCUUGUAAAUCAAUCCACCGUUUGCUGUUCCAAUGACUUUUCCUAAAUGUUAGUGAGAAACAAAACUGCUGAAAUAUCUCGAUGAGGAGGGAGAUGAUAAGGAAUUUGUGUAAGAGAGCAAAAGAGAUGCGAGGUGAGACAUUUUAAUGCAAUGCAGAGCAAUUUUGUGUGAAUUGCAAACAUGUUUUUAUUAGAAUUCAUGUUGGAAAGAAGUCAAAUAUUGAGCAACAUUAAUGCAUACAAUCUUCUCCGAAUCGUGCGGGAAAAGAGAGAAGAAAACACGAGAAAAAUGAUAAAGAUGAUAGAGUAACAUGAAUUAUUGUGUAAUAAGGUGUAUCUGAAGAACAUUGCUAAUUAUUCUAGUGUAAACUUCAUUAUUUAAAUUCAUGCUUUAUGAUAUUAUCGACACAAUAAGGGGGAAAAUCUACAUUGGAGAAAAGUCCAUGAAGAGAAAAGUAAAUGAACGUUUGUGUAAAAAGAAAUGAAAUGACAUUUUGUGUUCUUUCAUUUUGGGCCAAACAUUGCGCAGAGAAAAUGUUAGAAGAGAAGAUGUAGAAAAAUGAAUAUUUAUUGUUGCUUUUCGUUCAUCAUCAACUCUUGUCUUUCUAUUCCGUUCUUUUUCCUUUGCCACACUUAAGAGAGAGAAAAAAAGUGAUUGUAUUGUGAGUGAAUCUUUGUGAUUAGUCACAAUUUCAGCUGAAUUUAUUUCCUUUUCAUGCAUUGAAGAAUGAAAUAUGAAGGAAUUAAUGAAUAAGUAAUAAAUGUAAAGCGAUGUUUUAUAAAUAGAAAUGAAGAAUCACUAAAUAAUUCAAUAAGAAGAGGUGAAAAGAUGUGAGGGAGUGAGAAAAAUUGGGCGAGAAGUGGAGGAAAAGAUGUGUUAAUCAUUGCAUCUCUGUUGCGAGUAUUUCAACCAACACAAACACAAGAUACAAAGAAAGAAAUAUACUUGGAAAUAUAUAAAGAUUUACUUUGAAAAAAAAAAAGGACAAAUAAGGAAAAAUAAUGGUGGAAUAGAAAAUGUUUAGUAAUAAUUAAAGCGAAUUCAUAAAGUGCUUUUAACAAUGACGAAGAAGAGGAAGGAAUUAUGAGGAAUUGUUAUAGAAAAGAGAUCUUAAAGUGUUGCUACGAUAUUUUCUACUAUUGUCUUCACUCUGACUUCUUCCCUUUGAAAUAACAAAACAGACACGAAAAAUCUAUGAGGAAAUCUUUGUUGAAAAGUAAAUCACAACAUUUCAUGAAUACACCUUUCUCAUAUUUAUGCUCAUAUCGUAAAUCAAUCAUAUCUUAACGUUUAUUUUCUUAUUUCAUUCAAUUAUAUUACGGUUAUCAUUUUGAGGACCAAGGAAAUAUACAUGUUAAAUCACUUUGAAAUUAUUUUCUACGCAUUUUCGUAAAUAUAUAUAUUUUAUCCAAAUGAUAUUCCUCACAAAAUCAUUCUUUAUCACGCACAUUUCUUUUCAUUUGUUCUCUUUCAAACACAGAAAUUGAAGACCAAAGACUUGAAGUAAUUUCUGAAUAAGGUUUUAUCAUCAUUCACUCUUGAACUUUAACAUUUUUCCACACUACCAGAAUAUACCUUAAACAUUUAACACUUUUUUCUACACACACACACACACACAGACACAAAGUGGUAAUGAUGAUAAAUUGUACGAUCUAGUGCCAAUUGAUAGUAAUGACAAGAAUAUGAAGAGUAGAAAUAAGAAAGUUUAGCAUCUGAAGAUGCGUAAGAAAGUGAGGGAAAAGUUAGUUUAAGUGGAAGAAGAGAAAAAACCAUAAUUUAUUGAGAAGUGUAAGAGAAUUAGUAAGGAUAACCAUAGAAGAUAUAUUAUCAAGAAAAGAAUAUUUUAAAGCGUGAUGUGUUAGGAUUAUGAAUUUAAAGCAAAACCUCUCACGAUUGAUAUUAAGUAAGGAAAAUAUUGAUGAAAUCAGUGAUCCCAAAAAGCAAAUGUGGAGGUGAUUCGACAUGGCAGAAAUUUGAUUCAUUCCAGCGCAAUUCAUCAAGUCUCCAGGAUCCAUUAAUUCACUGAACAAUGAUUUUUUUUAUUGUGAAAAAAAAAUUCCCUGUCAAUUGAAGAAAUGAAGAGUUGACGGACAGUUUUUCUUAUACUACUAUAGGUGCAUUUUCCCCAUGACAAAACUCUACGAACACUGUUGGAGACUUUCAUGUGCGCACAGGCGAACUGUUAAAAACUUGACAGUUUUACAUACAAUGAACUGAUUUUGCCUAGAUUUACACUACAUACUUAUUACUUAAUGUGUCCUCACAGUCUCCUCAAAUAGAGAGAAAAGGAACAUAUAUUAAGACAGAGAUUAGCAGUUGAGUUAGACACAAAAUUGGUGUCAAAAUUGAAACACGCCUAAAAUUUAUAUGCAAAAAGUGAGAAUUUCUAGUUUGAAAUAAGUAAAAGCAGCAAAAAUUUAAAGAUAGUAAAUUUAUUAAAGAAAAAUGAGGAAUCAGAAGUAAUGGAAAUAAAUAAUAAAAUAAUUUGUCCACUGCUCAUCUCUGUGUUAAGAUUCCUGUAGAUAAAUUCCCGAUAAUUUAGUGUUAACUAUUUAUUUUUAAUUUAUUACUUAAAAUACGCCAGCCAGUUUAAAAAAUUUAACUAGAAUUUGUGCGUAACUCUUAAGAUCUUUGGUAGACUUCGUGAAUGAGUUUUAUUUCUGCUCAAGUGUGUUUAUUGAAUGCCUCCAGUUAAAAAAACAUGAUUAGUGAACAAAUGUGCGACUCUUGUAGCAAUAUUAUUUAUUUAUUAUUGCAUCACUUAACGGAAACUCGUAAAUGAGAUGAAACGAAAGAGAGGAGGAAAAUCUACCCAUUCAAAAGUACCAAUAAAUAAAUAUAAAUGUACGUAAAGUAUAAGGAAUAGCGAGGGAAGUGUUUAUGAUGCUACAAUUUGUAUUAUCAAAGAUUAAACGAAAGGCAUUUUUAUUAUCAGUUAUUUCGUUUAUUUUUUUUGUUUUCACUUUCAAAAGAAUGGUGACUGUUUAUGAAUCACGACGAGAAAAGAAUUUUGAAGCAAACGAUCGUGCAAUUAGUUAUAAAAUGAGAGUAGGAUUUUAAGGAUUCUGUCUGGGGUGGAAAAUAAAACUAUACGACAAAUGGGAAUUAUAAUGAAGAUAGUGGAGGAAAAACUGGUGAAAAAGCCUGUGAAUUGACUGAUGAAUAUUUUAUAAAAACAAAACGAGAAAAUCUAAAAGAAAAAAUAAAAUGUUUCCAAAUAAGUGCUGAAGCAAGUAAAUGACUUUUAAAUGUAAAGAAAAGGAGAGAAAACAUAGCAGAUGAAUUACACAAAAGCAUCAAAACCAAAUAAAAUUAAGUAGUUUAAGGAUAUUGAAAGAAAAGAAGAUGAGAUAAUCUGCAUGUGAAUGUACGUGUUCUAACUCUGUAAAUCUUUUCUUUCAAUUAGCCCGAUUUAUUUAAGUUACUAUUCUCACAAAUUUCGUGAAAGUAAUAUUAAAUAUUGAAGCAAAAAGAGUAAUUUGUGGAAAAAAAACAUGAUCAAAUUAAUCGGAAUAAUGUUAUUUACUUUGUAUUAAUCGCGUAAAUAUCGCCUAAAAUAUUUCUACUUCAAUUACGAUAACGAACAUUACCUAUUUUCCAGCAAGGUGUGUUUUUUCAGUGAGGAAAAGAAGUAAUUUACAAAUGAAAAAAGGAAAACAAACGUGAAUAACUUGUUGAUAGACAAAGAAAGGAUGGAAAUAAAUUGAAUUAUAUGAAUUAGGCCUUGUGUAUGAGAGCAAUUUUCUUCUUGAAGAUUGGAUGAUGAAAAAUCAAAGUGAAUAUAAUUUUAUAGGUAUUGAAAAAAAGAGGAAAGAAAACACCAAGAAUUCUAAUAAAAGUUCUUGACUAUGAAA